UGAUGAAUGCCAGCCAGACCAGACGGACCGCAUACAAAAUCCAAACGUAAAGCAAGCUAAUACGGAUCAUCAAGACAAGACAAAGACCCAGUGACGUAGCAAGCAACAGAGGAACAGAGCAGAUUACGAGAUAAUGACAACAGCAACUCCGACUCUUGCUCCAGCUCCAGCUCUAGGUCCACCUCCUGGUCCUGUACGUCGAGCCACAGCCCGUGCCACAGCUGGCGUGCAACGACGGCGAGUGGUCAAGAAGCACAUACAACAGAAGUACAUGCUCUGCGGGUUUGCCAUACACGCUUUCCUCGCCACUCCCGCUUAUCUGUAUGGCAACAUUGUGGAAUCCGAUAAGGAGCUGGUGCUAAGAAUUUGGCCAGCAAUUGUCUAUCAGGCCACAGGUGAACUAUGCCGUUCCAUAAUGGAGCAUCUGGAUACAGAGUAUAGAGGACGAGAUAGAGAGACAACGCAGUAUAGAAAAGUCUUUCUAAUGGCCACACUGAUCGCCUGCCUGUGCCUCAUGAUAAGCGGUAUACUCUUCUCAUCCGCCUGGGUGAUAGUCACCACAACCACCCAAGUGGUGGCCAUUGUCUUUUAUGGAUGCUUUGCGGGCAUCGGUUCCAGCCUGUAUCUAUGGAAAACUCACGUCAUCCUCGAAGCUGUCCGUCCACGUGAAGACAAAUACGUCCGCAAGACAAUCCAUUUGUGCGGCGAGGCAUUUUGCCAAUUAUUUCUAUCAUUUGUAUUUACCAGUUUGCGUACCCUAUAUGGCACGGCUCAAUCCAUUGUGUUGAUGUCGGCAUUGCUCGUGAAUCUCAUACCUCUAAGCUUGAUCAUAACAAAGCAUCGCGAGGAUGCAUUCACCACCAAGCGAAUAUCGGUGAUUAAAGCGGAGACGGGACUGGGCUUUGGUAAUCUGCCGCUGCGGACAACCUUAGCUGCCAACUUUGUGGCCGAUCAACUGGAUGGGCUGGAUAGCCUCACCUGGCGGAAUCCAUCAACGGAGGCCGCCAAUAGUUCUGCUGCCGUUGCCGCUGCUGUCGUCGACACCCACAGCAAUUACAUGCUGGCCACGGAUGAGGCCUAUGUAACAUAUGUUAAUCCCAAUGGUGUGGAAAUCAUGGAGAUUAUUCCCGAAGAGGACGAAACGGUGUCCAUGAUGCGUUCCAGCAGUGCCACCAUUGACAACUAUGGCAUUUCUAUAUCACAAUCACAGAUGUCACAGUCCCACAAAUCUCUCUCCAAUGGCCGAUUGUAUCCGCUCAAUCCUCUCAACCCGACUGGCACGGGAAAUUCGUCGCCAUUGCCCGAAGAUUAUCCCAAUUUGUUGCGCAUACGUCGAAUGUCACGUGCCGUGACAUCUCAUCUGUGGUGGAAUAUGCUGGACAAGAUCGCUAUGCCGCUGCAGCAGGCACUGUUUGUGCCACAACUGUAUCCGACGACGCUUGUCCUCUCCGCCGACAUUUUCAGCUAUGUGAUGUGCCUAACCGUGUUGCCCGGUCUCGCUGUAAGCCAUCAUGCUCUGAAGAAUGCCGAAAUUCCGUUUCUGUUCUCGCUGCUGGCCUUUCCCUGGAUGUGUUUCUCCCUGAUGACGCCACGCUUCGGGACGAGCCUCUACAAGCACAAGCUCCAGUGGCACACAAUGGGGAGUCUAUGCAAAUGCCUAGCCCUGAUCUUCAUAAGCUUCUCCACAUCUAAAUUGCUAUUGAGUGUCUCAGCUGUUCUCCUGGGCUUCGGCCAGGUUGUCACUUUAUUCCUGCAGGAACUUGUGCUUCAAAUGGGAAUGACACGAGCCAAUUGGACAGCUAUCCGGCGGCCCGUGCACUUUACCAACGGUCUUCUGGUAUUGGUUUGGGGCGCUCUUGCCCAUUGGGUGGUGGUGCGUUAUUCCUUUCAGGCCACCGUGGGAUUAGCUGGCGCUUUGUACGGUCUGACCACACUGUUCUGGAAUUUUCUGUUUUUCUGUUGCCAAAGCAAAGAGUGAAAUUUUAAAUCGUUGGUGAUAUUAAUUACUUUAGUCAGGUCUAUAUGUGUGAAUUUUUUCUCUGUAAGACAUAAAUUAAUCAUUUCGAAAGGAAUUUAAGCAUGUUGUACAAGGUUAAUAAAUGUAUUUGCCAUCGCUUA